GACGACUGCUGCUGCAGUGCCGGCGCUGGUGCUGCUGGCAGCGAGGCGUCAGGGGAGCUCUCGCUGUUUACCGAGGGCUUGCGAGUGUUGCAAUGCAAAAGCUGAGCGUGUCCUCAGGGAGGAGGCUGUGCUGCCAGCAACACCUGUAAGGAUCCGAGGGGAAAAGGCUUCCCGGGGCGUGGAGAAGCAGGCAGCCGAGGCUCCGGGUGCCAGCACGCCCUCCCUGCAUCUCUGUCGCCGAUUACUUUGGAUGUCUGCUUAAGGGAAAAGAGAAAAAAGGAUCCAGAAAGCCCUUGCAACAGGACAGACGCUACUGGAGGCUCACAGGUGUUUGCUGGGCUCCGGAUGGAGAGGGUGGCGGGGGGAGAAAAGUUCACUGGAGAAACCGGGGCCAGGCAAAGAUGCGAUGAUCUUGCACCAAGUGGAUGUGCUGUGCCUGCACGCGAAUAGCGCAUCUGGAGAAGCUCGGAGGGAUGCCUUGCAAGUGAGCUGCUCGAUCUCCUUCAAAGCAUUUGUCUCUGCCUGCAAACUUUCCCCUUGCAGAAGUUGGGAGGAAUAACAAAGCAUCAGAAAAUCAAAAGGGGAGAUUCUCAGCCGACCGAAGCGUGCGAGCUAAACUGUUGCAUCCCGAGCUGGGGCUCCCGUGCGAGCAUCGCACCGGUGCCUGCAUCGCUCCUGAGCCGGUCGGCAGCAGGCGCGGGGUCGCGAUGCUGGCUGCGGUGCCCGCGGCCGGCGAGCAGACCCCGCGCGCCUGAGCCGUCGGGGCCGUGGCGGCCAUGGCCGCAGCCAUCGCCAGCUCCCUGAUCCGCCAGAAGAGACAAGCCAGGGAGCGGGAGAAGUCCAAUGCCUGCAAGUGUGUCAACAGCCCCAGCAAGAGCAAGGGAAGCUGCGACAAGAACAAAUUGAACGUGUUUUCCAGGGUCAAACUCUUUGGCUCCAAGAAAAGGCGAAGAAGGCGACCAGAGCCUCAGCUUAAAGGUAUAGUAACAAAGCUAUACAGCAGGCAAGGAUACCACUUGCAGUUGCAAGCAGAUGGAACAAUUGAUGGAACAAAAGAGGAGGACAGUAGUUAUACUUUGUUUAACCUCAUACCUGUGGGUUUACGAGUGGUGGCGAUUCAGGGGGUUCAAACAAAAUUGUACCUAGCAAUGAACAGUGAAGGAUACCUAUACACAUCAGAACAUUUUACACCUGAAUGCAAGUUCAAAGAAUCAGUAUUUGAAAACUACUAUGUGACAUAUUCCUCAAUGAUCUACAGACAGCAACAGUCUGGCCGGGGUUGGUAUUUGGGUCUUAACAAAGAAGGAGAAAUAAUGAAAGGAAACCACGUGAAGAAAAAUAAACCUGCAGCACACUUUCUUCCAAAACCAUUAAAAGUGGCCAUGUACAAGGAGCCUUCUCUCCACGAUCUCACAGAAUUCUCAAGAUCUGGAAGUGGGACCCCAACAAAGAGCAGAAGUGUUUCAGGAGUGCUAAACGGGGGUAAAUCCAUGAGCCAAAAUGAGUCAACGUAGCCAGGUUAAGGCAAGCCAAGUGCUCUCUAAACAGAACCUUACCUCUGGAUGCAGUUGAAUUCUUACUAGCAGUCUUUCAUCCAAACGUUCAAUUGCCCAGGACAAGCCACCGAACUUGCAUAGGUCACUCGUUUAUCAGCCAUUAGAUCUACUGGUUGUCAAAGGAUAUACCCCAAUAAUGUAGAAUAUGCUUGUGCAUAUCACAAGGCACUUGGAUAGCCAGCAAACAUAACUGCGGAAUAAAUCUGAGAAGAAAUGUCCAGCUCCUUCUCUCUUUCUCUCUCUCUCUCUCUUUCUCUCCUCUCUUUCUCUCUCUCCUAUGCUUUGUGGAAUACGAAACAAAAACAUUUCACAGCAUUCACUGCUGAUAAGAAUUUGCUUUCCAACUAAGAAAAAGACCACUUUUGCUCUUCAAAGGAAAUUUUAAUGCUUAUAUGUUUUAUAGGGGCAAACAAAAAUAAAUAUGUAAACUCUGUUGUUUCCUUGGCUUACCGUUUUAUAUCUAAGGCUUGAUAAAAAAAAAAGUAUCCUUUAAUUUGGAAUAGAGCAACUUUUUGAUUUCUGAACUCCAAUGGGUCUUUAAAGCUACGUCUUUAAAAAAAUAAUUAAAAAUUCAGGGUUGGAACUGAGAGUUGGUGUCUCAGGCUCAAGCAAACAGUGUUCUUGUGGUUUUAAACACAAAGAAAUAUAAAUUUUUAUAGAUUUGUAGUUUCUGGUAAAGUUCUUGUGCUAACCCCAGUCUGUAGGAAUUGAGUUGUUUUGUUAUCCCAAGUGGCAGUUAACGGAAAGGGAUAAAAUUAUCCUCCAGUGUAGAUUUCUCUUAAUUCCAUUUUGUGUGUCAUGUUAAACUAUUGUUGUGGCUUCUUUUCUAAAGACAGAAACUGUGGAAUUAAGGUGACUUAAUUUUUUUAUAAGAAACGUCUUAUUUGUAAAAGUCCUUCUUUCACUGUAAUGGGCACGUGAAUAUUGUGUAGGAGGAGCGUUAGGACAGGUUACCCCUAAACAACAUAUACUUAUACAUGCUAUUGGAAACAAUUGUUUAAAAAAAUGUAGUUAGGUUUCCAUUUAGGUCAUCAUGUCUGUUGCAUGGGAGAAAGUUGGACUAUUGGCAUAGAGUUGCAUGACGUGUAAGAUUUUGUGCAUUAAUCAUCGUUGGAUUCUGUGCUCCAAAACCGACAUAGUUCUGUACAGGCAGCUUUCUGCCUCGUACAAGAGAGUUGUUUAUUAUUUGUUGUAUACACAACCAUGCACUGAAUAAACUAUUUAUAUUAAGAUGUA